UUUUUGCAGAGGAAAUCUAAAAUCUCAGCCUCUCGCAAGCUCAUGCUGAAGAGCUUGAUGGUAGCCAAGGCCAAGGAGGAACUGGAGCAGGAGAUUGUAGAAAAAGACGAGCAAAAGGCAAAGUACCUGGAGGAAAAAGCUCCUCCAAUACAGACCGGUGGCCUCUCCUUAGCAGAACUACGGACAUUAUGUGAGGAGCUGCAUGCCAGAAUAGAUGUGGUGGACGAGGAGCGAUAUGAUAUUGAAGCCAAGGUCUUGCAUAACACCAGAGAGAUCAAAGACCUGAACAUCAAGGUAUUGGACUUGCGAGGGAAGUUCAAGAGACCUAACCUGAGAAGGGUGAGGGUCUCUGCUGAUGCCAUCCUGCGCUCCCUACUGGGCUCUAAACACAAGGUCUCUUUGGAUCUGCGAGCUAACCUAAAAUCCGUCAAAAAGGAGGACACUGAAAAGGAGAAGACAGUGGAGGUGAGUGACUGGAGGAAGAAUGUGGAGGCCAUGUCAGGCAUGGAGGGCCGCAAGAAAAUGUUUGAUGCUGCAAAAGGCCAAAAUCAGUAAAACAGCUGGCGAACAAACAGUUGGUUUUCAUCUAAUCACCAUCACUAGCAUACCAACGAUUUUUGAGCACAAAGCAUAAGGGAUGCUUGGUGACUUCACAUAUUCAAGUCGUUUAAAUACUCAGUAUCUUUC